AUGCAAGGUGCAAACUCAAAUUUCAAGCGCUUACUUGCUUUCUUCCUGCUCGUCAGCGCUGCAAGUGCUGACAGCUACACGGGGCCAUACUCUGAUGGUGGCUCGUGGGUCAAGGGGUACAAUGCAGCAAAAGCCCUGGUCAACCUCACGACUGGAUUCGAUGGCUUGUGCGCUGGAGUUACUGGCGAGAUCGCCCGACUCGGGAUACCGUCCCUCUGUCUCCAAGACGGCCCAGUCGGUGUCCGUCCUGUCCGCCGAGUUUCACAGUUCCCGCCAGGGAUCACAACCGCCGCGACAUGGAAUCGAGACUUGAUUGCCGCACGAGGGACGGCCCUUGCUCGCGAAUUUCACGACAAGGGAGUCAACAUCUGGCUCGGACCUGUCACCGGUGGGCCCAUGGGACGCAGUCCAUUCAACGGACGGCUUUGGGAAGGUUUCGGUCCUGAUCCGUACCUGCAUGGCGUGGCUUCCUUCUUGACUGUGAAGUAUGCCCAAGCGGAAGGUGUGGUCACCUGUUCCAAGCAUUACAUCGGAUACGAGCAGGUAAAGAUCUCCCUGCGCCUGAAUGUCCAGAUUUUCAAGAUCGGUUUGCAGGAAACGUAUCGGAAUCCCUGGGGCUUGCCAGAGCCUUAUGAUGUCUUCCCUGUUAACACACAAGACCCGAUUUCCUCUAACUUUGACGACAAGACGGCCCACGAACUGUACAUUUGGCCGUUUGCGGAGGCGGUUCGCGCCGGCUCAGGAACUGUCAUGUGCUCUUACAACGAAGUGAACUCGACACACGCGUGUGCCAACGAUGUCGCCCUCAACAAGUGGCUCAAAGGAGAGCUCAGCUUCCAGGGAUCCGUGGUGUCGGACUGGGGCGGAACUUGGGACACGAAGACCUCGUCAUUAUUCGGGCUUGACAUGACGAUGCCGGGAUCUGCCUAUGGCGGCCACCUCGGCAACUUUUACGGCGACGAACUGACCGCAUUGGUGCAGAACGGGACCGUUCCGGAAAAGCGCUUGGAUGACAUGGCUUUACGAACACUAGCUCCCAUUCUGGAGCAUCAGAACCUGAACACAUAUCCUCGUCCAACCUUCAACCAGUUUGAUCAAACAGUUCCCACCAACAAUGUUCGCCGAGACCACUACAAGAUCAUCCGGCAGGUUGCGCAGGAGGCGAUCACGCUCGUCAAAAACAAUCGCACCGGCGGGCUCGGACUGCCGCUUCCAGCUCCCGCAGACAUGGCCUCACUGGCUGUGAUUGGACAGGACGCUGGCCCAGCUCCGUUUGGAAUGACCUCUUGUGGGGAUUUGGGCAAUGCCUGUCUAUCCGGGGGCAAUAACGGUACACUGACCAUGGGUGGGGGCAGUGGCUUCGCUUAUCCGCCAUACACGAUCGACCCUUUGGCAGCCAUCAACGCGUAUGUCACUGCUGAAGGCCCCGACAUCAACCAGCACCUGGAAAACCACGACUUGGCGGCGGCAGCAUUGCAAGCCAGUGUUUCGGAAGUUGCGAUUGUUUUCCUGAGCGCCUUCUCUUCGGAGGGCUUUGACCGCGCCAACCUGACCACAUAUCCCAAUGGGGACUCUCUCGUGCAAGCGAUUGCGGCCGUCAACAAGAACACAAUAGUGGUCUUGCAUGUCCCGGGCGCGGUGAUCGUGGAGGACUGGAUCGAUCAUCCCAAUGUUACUGCUGUUCUCAUCGCGCAUCUUCCUGGUCAAGAAAGCGGCAACAGCCUCGUGCCUGUGCUCUGGGGUGAGACAUCGCCAUCGGGAAAGCUUCCAUACACAUUUGCCAAGGAUGUUUCUGACUGGCCCCUGAAUGGGAUCAUGUCCGAUGCUGUUCUCAAACCCCAGGUCAACUUCACAGAGAAAUUGCUUGUUGAUUACAGGUGGUUCGACGCAAAGAACAUCACACCCCGCUUUGAGUUCGGCUUUGGGCUGAGCUACACGACUUUCUCCUUUGGCCAGCUCAGCCUCAAUGAGACCUUCAAAGCUGACAACACAUCCAUUCAACCAACCGCGGAGCAGUUUGUUGCACUCCCAGGUGAUUCCGGCAAAAGCAUGUACGAUGUACUGUACACCGCUACUGUAUCUGUGAAAAACACCGGUAAAGCCGCGGGCGCCGAAGUGGCCCAGCUUUAUGUUUCGUUCCCAUCAACUGAGAAUCAGCCUCCGCGCGUGCUGCGUGGGUUCGACAAAAUGAGCCUGAAACCCGGGCAACAGGGCACAGCGACAUUCGAACUGACGAGGAAAGAUCUCUCAGUGUGGGACGUGAGCGAGCAGAAAUGGAGAGUUCCCAAGGGCUCGUUCACGAUUUCUGUCGGUGCCUCCAGUCGCGAUCUGCGCUCGGAGCUUGUUCAAGACUUUGCAUGAUGAAAUUUAGUAUUUACAACAAGAGUAGACCUGUUCAGCAGAAAAAAAAAUUGAUUUGUUUUCUGUAAGUUUCCUGGUUGU